UCAAAGCCUUUCCCAAUCCCAUGCGUGUCGUCGUGUCCUGUGCAUGGAUAAACGUCUGCGUCAACCUCGAGGUCGUGCCCUCCGCAUUCACCAACAAUGCUGGAAGUGGGAGGACUGGAGAUGAUUCCCUGUCUGUAAGGACGGUCACGACGCUGUUUGGAACGGGGGAUGAGGUUGCUGAAGGCAUAUUGAUAUGGAUGUUUGGUGUCUGUUUGCGGUGAUGUCCUUGCGCUUCGACUUGCAGAGGAGAGUUCUACGAUAUACAACAUGCCUCCUCGGCGACCAUCUACUCAAAACGGGCCCCAGAAUGCGUUGAGAAAGCCCAGUGGAGCCUUCUACGCGAAGUUCAAGCCGUUCGAUGAAGUACCAGCAACAUACCGGUGUCCCUACGUUGAAGACGCUGCAUUGAGACCUUUCGAUACUCUUAAGGGAUUCAGUAAGCACCUGGGAAGUUCUCAUAACCUGCGUGUGGACAACACUGGGGAUGGAUGGCUCUUCUUCCAGGAAUACGUCGAAGAGCUGGUCGUAAACGGAGGGGAUGACAACCGUGCUCGCCAAGACGGACGACGAAGAAAGCUGGAUGAAGUCUUGAAGUACCAACAGCACGAACGCACAACCAUCUCCAAACUCCCUCAUCCCUGCAUUUUCUGUCCGAGGACUCUAUCCGACCGCGCAGUGUUCUUCUCACAUACCUUCGACGAGCACUACUUCAAUAUCGGCCUACCAGAUAACCUCGUCUACAUCGAUGAACUCCUUACCAUGCUCCGACAGAAGAUCCAAGGGAAUAUCUGCAUCUGCUGCGAACAACCCUUCCGCACACGAAACGAGCUGGGCGAGCACCUCCUCUCCCGCAAUCACGCCCGGAUCGACACCAAAAACUCAGUGUACGAUAAGUUCUACGUCAUCAAUUACGCGGAAAAGGCAACGGGCGGAGGAGGCGGAGAGGAAGAAGAUGACGAUGAUUGGGAUGAUUACCCGCCUGAUCAAGAGGCGUUGGAUACGCUGUGUCUUUUCUGUACGGAGGUAUUGAGGGAUCCGUUGGUUUGUUUGGAACAUAUGAGGGGGGAGCAUGAGUUUGAUUUGACGCGGUUGCGGCAUGAACAUGGCCUGGACACAUAUGCGACGAUUCGAUUGAUUAACUAUAUACGACGAUCGACUGCAGGGAAGUGUUGUUUUGUAUGUCGGCAGGAGAUUGAGAUGCCAGAUGAGUUGGCGAGGCAUGUCAGGGAGAAUAGGUGUGGGAAGAAGGUCCCGGCGAAGGACGAUGAGAUUUGGCAGAUGAUGGACCUCUUGACGGAGCAGGCGCUCGAAAACGACCCUUUACUGAGUGGUUUUGAGGAGGGGGAUGAUGAAGAAGUUGAUGAGUAGGGCACUGUGCCCAUCGCGGAUUUUGGAAGUCUUAUGAUCUUGGAUUUCGUGGCGAGGUUACAGAGGCUGAAGGCGCCCCGAGCCAUGGAUGUUUAA